AAACAGUAUCGGGAAUGGCGGAGUGCGUCAUCGGGAUGGCCCAUAAUUCUGGAAACUGAACACUGAACAGAACUGGAAUAUUGCGGCCGAAGUAUGAAAACAAAGGCUUGGAGUCUUCGUCUGGACUACAUCUUCCAGCAUUCAAUUACCGAACAGACUGAAACAAACGUUUCACCUCACGUUCAAGAUCUCUGCUUUAUUUUCAACCCAUAUCAUCUUUAUUUUUGACCCUUUUGAAGGAAGGCUCGUUAUUCUUUUGUCUUUCUUCCUCGUCGUGGUUUAAUUUAAGCCUUCUCAUUUCAUGUUUGCCAUAAUCAGCUUGCCCUAUAAAUUCUCUAACUGCAUCCCAGUACAGCAAUUUACAACUCUGUCAAAUUUGGGGGGUGCUUGGUGAAUUCUAACAGGGGUCGGUGACCUUCUCAUCUAAAGCCACUAACCUGGUGGAGUUCUUGAAUACAGAGCCGCGACGGUAUCUGGAAAUCUCUGCAGGUCGUUAAAUUUCGUUGGUUUUCAUCUGCAAUUUUGUAGUUUUGUACGAUAAAUAUAUAAAGAAGAAUGUCGGCGGGAAGUGCGCUGUAUUACCCUAUUCUUGGUUUUGCAUCGUUUAUUCUUUUCAUUUACAUGCCUUUCCGUGACUUGAAGCUCGGUUUUGAUGAAGAGCCUCAAUUGGCUUUUGUGACAAGAAACGGAACUCAAUUUGUGUUGGAUGGCGAAGUUUUCUACAUAAACGGGUGGAAUUCUUACUGGUUAAUGGCUCAAUCUGUUGACGAAUUUUCCAGACACAGAGUCGGGGAAAUACUGCAAAACGGCGCGAAGAUGGGUCUAAGCGUUUGUAGAACUUGGGCAUUCAAUGACGGCGAUUACAAUGCCCUUCAGACUUCCCCUGGUCAGUUCAAUGAACAAGUUUUUAAGGCCUUGGAUUUUGUCAUAGCAGAAGCAAGGCAACAUGGAAUAAGGCUGCUUCUUAGCUUGGUUAAUAACUUGCAACCAUAUGGCGGGAAGACCCAGUAUGUCAACUGGGCAUGGCAAGAAGGGAUUGGGUUAAGCUCGUCUAAUGAUUCUUUCUUCUUUGACCCAUCCAUACGUAAUUAUUUCAAGAACUAUAUCAAGACUGUCCUGACAAGGAAAAAUACUAUCACUGGAAUUGAAUAUAGAAAUGAUCCCAUCAUAUUUGGUUGGGAGUUGAUUAAUGAGCCUCGUUGCAUGUCUGAUCCUUCAGGUGACACUCUUCAAGAAUGGAUAGAAGAAAUGUCAACUUUUGUCAAAGCGAUUGACAAGAACCACCUGGUGACUGUUGGGCUCGAGGGUUUUUAUGGUCCUAAUGACCCAAAAAGGUUGACUGUCAACCCUGAGGAGUGGGCAUCAAAACUCGGAUCUGAUUUUAUUCGCCAUUCCAAAGCCUCAAAUAUUGAUUUCACAUCAGUUCAUAUUUAUCCUGACCAAUGGUUUCAUGAUCAAGUAUUUGAAGACCAACUGAAGUUUGUGUCCAAGUGGAUGCUUUCUCACAUGGAAGAUGGUGACAAAAUAUUGAAGCAUCCCGUCUUGUUCUCUGAAUAUGGCUGGUCAGAUAUGAACAAGAACUUCUCAACAUCUGAGAGAGAAAUGAUGUAUAAAACCAUUUUAAAUAUAAUCUACAAAUCUGCCAAGAAAAAGAGGUCUGGAGCAGGUGCUUUAGUCUGGCAAUUCCUAGUCACAGGAAUAGAGGAGUUUGGAGAUGAUUUUACGUUGAUACCCAGUGAAAAUUCAUCGAUCUAUUCACUUUUUGUCAAACAAUCAUGCAGAUUGGCCAAAAUCAAGUGGCGCACUCAGCAGAACCGAAGCUUCAGAGAGUUGUGUUAGCCAUAGAAAAAUCAAGUUUUAAUACUGUGGAAGCGAAGCCAAGAUUUAAAAAAAAUGGCUAGUUUUAUAAUAACCUUAUAUUCCUUCACCGAUGUUGAAUUCGAGUGAUUAGUAUACAUUUUUUUUUUUUUUGGUGAAUCGAGUGAUUAGUCGUUUACAGUAUUUUUGUGGUAGCACGUAUAACAGAUUCUUAAAUAAUGUUUGCUUCUGUAAAGCUUGUUCCCUGAUAAAACAAAAUCUACAAGGAAAAUGAGUUUAAAGGUUAUAGGGAAUGCCUUUGAAUCCGAAUCGUUGAUAUUGUAGAAUUUAUUUAUCCCAAGGUUUAUUUGUGAAUAAUCAACUCAUUACCAGCUUCUUUGCUAUUUGCUUUCA